AUGGCGCCUCGUUCUCGCUCCUACGAAGAUUACGAGCCGGCCUUUAAGUGGGUUCGGGGAGAAUCCCUCGACACUCUUUUCAUUGUUCUUCCUGGUUUCAAGAAGAACCACAUCAAGGUGCAAGUCGAGGGUAACGGCUUCUUGACGGUGGCCGGAGAACGACCGCUCGAAGGCAAGCGAUGGCUCCGGUUCUGGCAGGAGUUCGAAAUGCCGGACAACUGUGACGUCGACUCUGUCCGGGUCAAGUUCCAGGGCGAGAAGCUUUACGUCCGCCUCCCGAAACUGAGCACUCCAGCCGACGACGACGACGAGGACGACGUUCAAACUCCGCCCAAGGUGGCGGCGAUGGAAUCACCACCACGCAGCGGCCGACACGACACGCCGAGGCCGAAUGAACGCAGCGUGGCUGACGCAAGAGAAGAGGAGGAGGAGGAGGAGGAGGAGAAGAAGAAGCAGCUCAACGGAGAGACAGAAUAUGGAUCGUUUGGCAUGGGGUUGAGCGAGACCAGCAAGAUCACACUGCUGGUGAACGUGGGUGUGGCCGCCCUGUUCUUUUUCUUGCACUGUAUUUGGAUUAUAGAUUGA